AUGUUUGAGUUGGUGGUCUGGGUGACGGCCACCUUCCCAUACGUGGUUCUGCUCAUCCUCCUGGUCCGUGGCGCGACUCUUCCCGGCGCCUGGCGAGGCAUCGUCUUCUACUUGAGGCCCGACUGGGAGAAGCUCACCAGCACCGCCGUUUGGGUCGACGCCGCGGCCCAGAUUUUCUUCUCCUUGGGUCCUGGAUUCGGGGUCCUCCUCGCUCUGGCCAGCUACAACCCUUUCCACAAUAACUGUUAUCGUGACGCCAUUGUCACCAGUUUGGUCAACUGCCUCACCAGUUUCCUCUCCGGCUUCGUCAUCUUCACCGUCUUGGGAUACAUGGCCGAGAUGAGGGACGUGGAAGUGGAGGACGUGGCCAAGGACAAAGGUCCCAGCCUCCUCUUCAUCACUUACCCAGAAGCCAUUGCCACCAUGGUCGGGUCAACCUUCUUUGCCAUCAUCUUCUUCUUCAUGAUGAUCACCUUGGGACUCGAUAGUACGUUUGGGGGCCUGGAGGCCGUGAUCACCGCCAUCAUGGACGAGUAUCCCCAGACGCUGGGCAAACGGAGGGAGGUCUUUGUCCUCGGACUCAUCACCACGUCCUUCCUGGGGGCUCUGGCCACACUGACCAACGGUGGAUCAUACGUGGUGAAACUCUUGGAAGAGUUCGGGGCUGGGUGCUCCAUCUUGGCCAUCGUCUUCCUGGAAGCCAUUGCCGUCUCCUGGUUCUACGGAAUCCAACAAUUCUGCAACGAUGUGAAAUCUAUGCUGGGAUUUACUCCGGGGAUUUUUUGGCAAGUUUGCUGGGUCGCCAUUAGCCCGGCUUUCCUCGCUUUCAUCAUCAUCAGCUCUUUCUUGGAUCCGUCGCCUUUGACGUUGUUUGAUUAUCAAUAUCCUGAUUGGAGCGUCUCCGUCGGGCAUCUCAUUAGCGCUUCCUCCUUCAUUUGCAUACCGAUUUACAUGGGAUACAAAUUAAUCUGGACCCCGGGAUCCCUGAAACAGCGCCUCGCCGUGUGCCUUCGGCCGGAGAAGGAGCCCCGAGAGCCGACCAUAGAGUUUGGAGGACUUCCUGCAGGCCCGUGACCCCACUUCCUGUUUGCUCCCACGGGAAUCACCAUAGAGUUGGAGGACCAAGCCAACCGUGCCCCUCUAGACAACUCUAUGGGAACUUUCUGCCAUAUGCUUCCUUUAAAAAACCCAUGUUAGUUACUUUUGAAACUUAGUAACUUCCGUUACUUUUUUGAAGGUAACUAAGUUAUAUAAGUAAUUGAAAUGGAACUAAAUUAUGGAAGUAACCAACACAAAAGUUACUAAAUUAUAAACAUCAUCGUUUCAUGAGUAACUGAGAUAGAACUAAAUUAUGAAAGUAAUGAACCUAUGAAAGUAACUAACAUAAAAGUAAUGGAAUGGAACUAAAUUAUGGAAGUAACUAUAAUAUUAGUAACUUAAUGCAACUAAGUCAAAUAGUAACUAAAAUGAAAAUGGAACUGUGUUAUGAAAAGAACUAAGUUACAUCAGUAAACUGAAAUGGAAUUAAGUUAUAAAACUACCGUAACAGAAAUAAAUAAAGUAAAUGGAACUAAGUUGAAUAGUAAUUCAUCCAAAAUAGAACUGAUGAAAGUAACUGAAAUAGAAGCAAGAUAAGUUACAAAAUGAACUAACUUAUGAAAGUAACUAAAAUAGAACUGAAAUUUGAAAAUGGGAAACUGAAAUGGAAGUGAUGAAAGUAACUGUAAUGAAGUUACACAAUAGACUUAAAUUAUAUGAUUAACUGAAAUAGAACUAAAUCAUGAAAACGAUUAACUGAAAUGGAACUGAAAUGGAACUGAUGAAAUUAAAUGAAACCGGCACAAAAGUAAUUAAGUUAUGUAGGGUGAAAUACAUGUAAAAGUAACUAAGUUAUCUAACUGGAAUGGAGCUUAUGUGUAAAAGUAACUAAAUUAACUAAACAUUGAUUUGGUAACUAAAAUGAUACGAGUAACUAAAAUGGAACUAAGUUAUGAAAGUAACUAAGUUAUAUGAGUCGCUGAACUAGGAACGAAAUUACGAAAAUAAUGAAGUUAUAUGAGAGACCGAAAUGGAACUAAGUUACAAAAGUAACGGCAAUGCAAGUAACUAAAUUAAACAAAAUUGAAAUGGAUCUGAUAUAAACAUAACUAAAUUAUGCAAGUAACUGAAAUAGAACUAAGACGAAAAAGUAACUAAGUAACUGACAUGGAACUCAGUUACGCAAGUAAUUAAAACCAAUACAUUAAAAUGUAUCAUUUUUGAGAUGUAACUUUGUUUUUGUAUUUACCUAUGACAACUAUUAUUGAUGUAUUCAAAAUUGUUUUUAAUUAGUUCUAAAUAAUGUUCGA